AUGGAGAAGAAGGCUAUGCCAUCACGAUUGCCAGUUCCAAAAUCUGCACCUGUUUCUCAGUCGAAACCUUUAUCUCAACCAGCGACUUUAUCUGCAGUAAAAAGUGUUGUCAAGCAAGCGCCUGUUGCACAAUGGAACGCAAACCAAACUUUCACUCAGAGGAUCUCUACAACGCAACCAAGAUGUACUCCACAGGCAAUACAACGCUCACAGACGUCAAAUAGUGCUCACCCUUACAGUGCAAACCAUGCUAAAACUGCAGCAUCCUCAAAUUCCGUAAUCGAUCAAAACAUAAAUGCCAGCAAACCUACACAACAACAAGCAAUGUCUCAUGUACCUGCUGCCCAGUCAAAACCAGGAAAUCCACCAAAAUCAAACACUCCAACUCAAGGAAGAGCAACACAKCAUCAGGCCAUUCAGCAAAAUGCCAGAACAAUAACAUCACAACARCCGAUGUCUUAUAAAGCUCAGCCAAAAUCAGUAGAUUCUGCACAAAAGUCAAAUGUUCAACCUAUCCAAGGAAGAUCAGUGCAGUAUCAAACCACUCAGCAAAAUGCCAACAAAAUCAUACCACAACAAACAUUGCCUCAGAAAGCUGCUGACCAGCCCAAAUCAGGAAAUCCACCGAAGUCAAACACCCCAACUCAAGUAAGAGCAACAUCCCAUCAAGCCACCCAGCAAUAUGCCAAAAAARUCAUACCGCAGCGACCAAUGUCUCAAAAAUCUGCUUCCCAGCCAAAACCAGGAAAUACUGCACAACAGUCAAAUGGCCAGCCUAUCCAAGGAAAAGUAACACAGCAACAAGUUAAGGAGCAAAAUUCCAGCAAAAUCAUAUCGCAACAAGCAAAAUCAUUAAAUGUUCCUCAAAAGUCAAUUACUCAGCCUAUGCAAGGCAAAUCAGUGCAGCAUCCAGGACCAACGGCGCAUUGUCCUACUGCAGUCUCUUCAAAGAGCAUAAUACCUUUAACGCAGGCUAAAAAUACUUCCCAUACCACAGCUAUUUCCAAUACAAGAACACUUCCAACGGCUCCAAAUUCAAGACCAGUGCCAACAGAGCAAAGCCGUAACCCGGCUUUUAAUAAGGAAGGRCAGAAGCAACCUGCACGUGUUGUACCACCAACCAUUUGGCAGGGACCAAAGUCAGCAAACUGUUCUCCAAGACAAAUCAAAUCUUCUCCUACUAAUAGAGCACUCAAUGGAUUGGAGACAGAUCAACAAAAUACUGCACCAAGCAAGCUGAGUGCAAAUGAAGCACGACGUGAAAGCAAAUGUGCGACACAAAUUUCUAAAGAUUGUGUUCCAAAAGACAGCUYUAAAGGUGCUCCAAAAGAUGUCAAGACUGGAAAGCAAGACAACGGAAAAACCCAAAGCAAAGAAACAACCAAUGAUGCUGAGAAGUGCCCUCUUGCUUCUCAGAGCUUUACGCGCAGAAUCUGUGAGACAAGUGCYGACAGUAGUAAUAAGGACACACAGCUAAAGACCUCGACUUCAGACCGAGGCACUCCAAAGUCUAGGAGACGAUUAGUGUAUCAAGAGAACGAAGACUGUAACAAAAUGGAUUACAUUCCAACUAAAUGCCUAUUGUCAACUUCUUCCCAGUUCAAAACACAAGGAUACGAAGCAGUUAAGCCUGAGGAUGUUGAGAUAGCUAUUGCAAUUGCUAUGGAUAAGCCACUACCUUCUAAAMCUAAACCACUGGAAGUCGCUACAAAAACACAUGAAAAUCUUAUACAGAAAAACGAUGAAAGAGACUCUCCUCCUGAGACAAACGAGAUUGCCAAYACARCAAACAUUAAGAAAAGGUCCAAAAAUAAAGGAAARUAUAGAGGCAGUCAUGCUAACUUUAGGAAGAGCAUUAACUGUUGCUGUGAAGAUCACUGUACUAGCUGUACCCCUGCAGAAGACUGGGAUAACGUCAUGGCUGUGCACAAUAGACGAAAACGCUGA